AUGAUUGAGGCUGUUGCUCGUAAGCUGAGUUGGGUACUAUCGGAGCAUAGAGCUUGUCGGCGUACAAGAUAUAUGAGGGGAUGGGACACGAUCUGGACUUACAGUGGUCUAAAAGGGUCCGGUCAGAGGCGGCCAGCAGUUGUUGGAAUGGGUAUGGUAGGUAAUGUGGAGGAACUGGACUCUGGAGCGCUUCAAGGUCUGGUACGGGCGUCGAGUGGGAUGUGAAAGAGUGUAGACGACGGUUGACCUAGAAGAUGGCCUGAAAGUUGGAUGGUGUCGAUGAGGUAGGUGCGUUGGCCAAGCGAAGGGAGGCUCCAACACGACGGUUGGCGGAAGUGCAGCCGAAGGGAUGGUGUGCCGUUAGCAGACGAUCAAGAAGAACAGUGCCGAGAUAGUGCAGGCGGUGGCUUGACUUGUCGGGUAGCAGGAGUGGGUCCUGUAGAGGGAGUGAUGAGACAGGUCGAUGCUUUUGAGGUGCGCAAAAGGAGGUUCGGCAGAGACUCAGAGAGAAGUGUUUCGCGGGCACUGCACGGUACGGGUACGGGUGGUUGAUUCCUCUGGAUCAGAGAUCAGAGAUUAUUGCUGACGUUGGCUUGUUGGGUUUGUCGGUUGAGAGUAGUCUCGAGAGUCGAGACACAUACACGCUGGGAGUCGAAUUCUGGAAGGGUGUACGCGCGCGUGUUUGUGUCGAGGCAGAUGACGAGGGGAUGCUGGCAAGACUCGAGGGUACGAGCUGGUGUUAAUUAGGCGGGAAUUAAGUGAGACACGACGCCAGGGCCGGGGCGAGGGUGAUGAAUGAAUGAUAUGAGCGCACGGGUGGUGCGGAUUCCAGAAGGUUGCGCACAGAUGGUGGUGGUGAAUCUGGUGAUGAUGGCGGCGCUGGCGCUGGCGAUGGCGGGAGAGGCGGCAGAUAUGCACGACGGUUCGCCUGGCAGAGAUGUCGCGGACUGCUGCUGCUGCUGCUGCUGCUGCUGGUGGCUCGCGAGGGCGAGAGUGCCAGCGCAGUGCAGGAAUCGAUGUGCGCCGGUUGCGAGGCACAACUCGCGUGGCCUCUCAGAGGUGGGCAGCCCCUGGAAAGUGCACUAAUGAAGCCAACGGUGGAUGUGGGAUUUGUCGAAGAGUCUGUUGGCUGCAGCGUGGCCAAUAA